CAGCUCUUUCCAAUUGUUUUUAGGUGUUUACCCGAAAGUUCAUUAGUGGUAGUAAUGUUUAUGAAUUUCUGGCACUUGAUAGCUUAGAUCCGAGUAGACCCUAAAGUGUUGUUUCCAACAUAUAAUUCGUAGUGGAAGAAUUUUUGAUGUUUCCGAUUUGAAAUAAACUUUAUUCGGAGUGACUACAUCAAUUGUCCUAUCGCGUUUUCUGAAUAUAACAGCCGAAGAGGAGAGAUAACAUGUCAUGCAACUAUGCCGAUGGCUUGUCGCCCUAUGAGCAUAAAGGAGUGCUUGGUUUGCCAGAGAAAUUGGAUGACGAAGAAACGAUAGAACGUAAUUGUGAACUGUUAGCGAAAUGGAUUCAGGAAUCAAAACAUGUUGUUGUUCAUACUGGAGCGGGUAUAAGUACCUGUGCAGGCAUACCAGACUUCCGGGGACCCAACGGCGUUUGGACGCUAGAAGAAAAAGGUGAGAAACCAAACAUAAACAUAUCAUUCAACGACGCCGUACCGACAAAGACGCAUAUGGCCUUAAAAGCGCUUGUGGAAAAAGGUUACGUCCAUCACAUAAUCAGUCAGAACAUUGACGGGUUGCAUUUAAAGUCGGGUUUGUCGCGGAAAUAUAUAUCAGAGCUGCAUGGAAAUAUGUUCAUAGAGCAAUGCAACAAAUGUCGCAGGCAAUAUGUUUGUAACAAGCCAGCACCUACGGUUGGUCAAAAACUUACUGGAGGGGCUUGCAGAGGUGGAAAAAAUGCACGUCCAUGCCGUGGCGGGAUGCUAAUAGAUAACAUUCUGGACUGGGAACAUGAUUUACCUGACAGGGACCUAGAUUUGGCAUUCAUCCAUUCAACAUUAGCAGAUUUGAACAUAACUCUGGGAACUACAUUGCAAAUUGUUCCGAGUGGGAAUCUACCUCUGAAAAAUAAAAAGUUGGGUGGAAAAUUGGUGAUAUGCAACCUUCAACCAACGAAACAUGAUAAAAAGGCGGACUUGAAAAUUUCAAUGUACGUAGAUGACUUGAUGACGAAAGUUCUGAAACGACUGGGGAUUGAAUUACCCGAAUAUAAUGUGGAAGUCGAUCCAACAAAACAAGAACAGACCAACUUUGAGUGGACAAUACCUCCCGAAGAUGUAAAAGAAAUGGAUAAGAUAUAUUCUGCCAGGAUGAAGGAAAGACCUAAGAAAAGAGGAAAGAAUGGAUAUUACCCUAUUUGCAAUAGUAAAUUAAUGAAAAAGGAUUUUAAAGCAAAAAGUGAGAAAAAUGAGUGUACGAAAGAGGAGGAGAGUAAAUAAAAUGAGCUGCCAUCAUCUGUCGAAUAUGUUUUCAGACAUCUUCAAUUAAAUUUU